UAAACAUACGUUGUGAAAUGUCAAAAUAGACAAAGCGAGAUACAUCGUAUAAAGAAACAUCGAUUAAACAGUGCACAAUAAGUAUUUAAAUAAUUACAAAUUUUCGCUUUAUAUUCUUCAAAGUACAUCGAUCGCAAGAAUCCAGCUAUUUUGACGUUUAAAGUUAACCUUAAAUACACGAUGUAAAAAUUGUGUACAGUUAACCUAUCUUUAAACGUAAAGAUUCGAAAGCAUCGAAAAGUAAAACAGUUCCGUUUGUUUGUUCUUUAAUCAAGAGCAUCGAACGAAGAAAGCAUCGCAUAAAUUUGAUAAGAUCGUCUUGAGCGGAAAAUCGUAACAACGUUGUUUGACAACCAUCUAUUUAACAGUACAAUUUCAAAUGCAAUGAAAAUAAACGAGAAAAAUAUGGUAGCUUUCGCUACUUCGGCGACACCGGUAGAUCGCGAGGGUUGGUUAAACAAACGCGGUGAACUGAAUCGUGGAUAUCAAAGAAGGUGGUUCGUUCUCAAAGGAAAUAUAUUAUUUUACUUUGAGCGACGUGGCGAUAAAGAGCCAGUGGGUAUGAUAGUCCUGGAAGGUUGUACCAUCGAAUUGACAGAGGACGAGGAACAAUUUGGCUUUCAAAUAGUAUUCCACGGACCAAACAAUAGAAACUAUGCUCUCGCAGCGGAAUCUCAAGAAUCCAUGGAACAGUGGAUGAAAGCUUUGGCAUGCGCAAGUUACGAUUACAUGAAACUUAUGGUGGCUGAGUUGCAAAGGCAGUUGGAUGCCACGGAAGAAGAACCCGCGGUGGUUGUUCCUCCUCCACAAUCGCCCAAAGCUCCACCGCGGCAGCGACAUAAUCCUUUCAAUCGCCCGGAGUCUCAUCAUCGUUCGCAAAGCGUCAGAUCUGCUCCUGGUAGAACAGAAAACGUUCCGAGAACAAAGAUAACGUUUCGUGAAUUGCAUACUAAGUAUGGUAGGAAAAUUUUGGCUGACUUAAACGAAUGGAGACACGCUAGAAAAAAUGCAGAGGCUCCCUUGAUUACUUUAUAACAGUGUGACGCAUGUAAAUUGUAAAUAUUUCAAUGGAAAAUAUAACUUGUACUUAUGAAACGUUA